UACAGGAAGUUUUUAAGAGCCGGACCGUCGGAGCAUCUUUUGCAGAAGCAUCAGCCCUAAGCUAACCUGACAAUAACGGUAAAUAUGGCCAGAGCUGAGGGGGAAUUCACUGAACUAAUUCAGGGCUGGACCAUGUGGUGAUGAGCGGUAUGCCAUGCAGAGGAGACACAGCAGCAACACGGAUGGCAUGCCCUCUGAAAGGAGCCGAAGCCAAACUCUGGGAUCAGAGAGCAGUCUGGAUGAGGGUGGUGUGUUCGACUGCCUGAAGCCCGACUCGCCCGCCUCACCCCAGCAGAUCUUCUCCGGCCUGGUGGGCGUCCCCUCCGGUUCUGUCUCCUCUGCCCAAUUCCAGGCAGCUGGCCUCGUCCUGGGCUCACCCCCUGAAGUCUUUAUCCAGAUGACUGCAUCAUCCAGAGAAGAAGGAGGCCCCCACCGCACGGAGGGUGGAUCUUUCCUACCUCGACCGCCCCCGCACCACCACCAUCACCACCACCACUUCCACCACCAGCCCCUGCAGCACAGGACCUCCUCUUUGCUCCAGCAGGCCACCACGGUGGCUGGCUCGGAGAGGCACAGCUCCAGGGAGGAGGCCCAGGAGGACCCGUCCACCCCGGCCCCGGCCCUGUCUGAGCUGAAGGCUGUCGUGACAUGGCUGCAGAGGGGCUUCCCCUUUAUCCUCAUCCUGCUAGCUAAAGUCUGCUUUCAGCAUAAACUAGGUAUUGCUGUGUGUGUGGGCAUGGCCAGCACAUUCGCCUAUGCCAAUUCCACGUUCAGGCACCAAGUGUCAUUACGGGCAGAACGUUCUAUGUUCGUCGCUCUGUGGAUCAUCCUGUUCAUUGCAGGCAACAUAGUGUAUAUCUACUACACAUUUAGUCACGAGGAGCUGCACAACAGCCUCAUAUUUGCUAAGCCCAACCUCAACAGCUUUGACUUCUUUGAUCUGAUCUGGGCGGUGGGCAUCACUGACUUCGUCCUUAAAUACUUCACCAUUGGCCUGAAAUGCUUUGUCCUCUUUUUGCCCAAGAUUCUGCUGGCCUUCAAAUCCAGGGGUAAGUUCUACCUGCUGAUCGAGGAGCUGAGCCAGCUGUUUCGGGCCCUGGUGCCCAUCCAGCUGUGGUACAAGUACAUCAUGGGGGAGGACCCAUCCAACAGUUACUUCCUGGGAGCAACACUCAUCAUCAUUUACAGCCUUUGCAAGUCCUUUGACAUCUGUGGACGUGUGUCUGCCAUACGCAAGGCCUUCGUCAUGCUCUGCAGCACUCAGAGUUACGGCGUGAGGGCAGGCAGUCAGCAGUGCAGCGAGGCUGGCGACGUCUGCGCUAUCUGUCAGGCUGAUUUCAGAGACCCCAUAGCUCUUCUCUGUCAGCACGUGUUCUGCGAGGAGUGCCUGUGCUUGUGGUUCGACCGGGAGAGAACAUGUCCGCUGUGUCGCUCCACUGUCAUCGAGACCCUGCGAUGCUGGAAGGACGGCACCACCUCGGCUCACUUCCAGAUCUACUGAGCGCCGACGACGUGUGAUUGUGCUGUAAUGCGAGUCAGACAAUGGUGUGUCAUUUGUCGCUGUUUAUCUUAGUGCGGUCACUCUUUAAAUCAGGGUCAGCAUUUCAGACAUUCACAGUAUUUUCAGUGCGUACAAGUAGAGCUGGUGACAGAGGCCACAUGCACAAAUUAUCAACAUGGUAUCACUUAAGAAAUAUAAAGCUAUUAUCAGUUUUACAAUUGGACUAUUGUUAUAUUGUUAUUGUACCUGUCAGAUCUUUGUGUACACGUAGAAUUACCCACUUUUGUUAACUGUGAAUAUUUUAUUUUACGCUAAACACAUGAUAAAAGAAUGUUACUUUGAUUUAGUGUGGUGAUAAUGUAAAUAGUCACAGCCUUCACAACAAUUUUUUUUUGCAUACGUCAUGAUUUUGUCACAUCUGUAUUACUUUUUUAAUUCUACAAUUUGUAUUUAACAAUUUUCAUGUGUUACUUAGUGUUAAAUUUUGCAAUAUUUAUUUUGAAAAUGGGUUACUCGCCCUCUGAACACAACAAAAUGUCUGAGAAUGAUCAUAAGUAGAAAUUUGUAGGUCUGUAGGUGGAAAAAGUUCAUGGUUAGCAAACAGUUGUUACGAUAUUGAGUAAUGAACGUGAAGUGGUGUGUGCCAGCAAGGCACUGUAAUCAUUACAUGUCAUGGUUGUGUAUCAAGUGUGGUGCAGACAUUGAAAUCAGUAGGAUUUGUCAUGACAUUCAUUUCCAUACUUGCGUUUUCAUAGACAGUGUGAGCUCGUUUUUAGUAAUCGUCCAUGUUGCAAUCAUCAUUUCAUUGUUAUUUCAUAUGAAUACUGUUAAUAUGAAUCACUUCCUUUAGAGUAGUCAUUUCUUUGGUUGCAUAAUAGGCGCCACCAUGACUUAAAUGCAGAACGCACUGCAGUGUGUGAAAGUUUCCCAUUUUAA